AGAACAAAGUGUACCAUAAUUGUUUAAGUGACUCAAAUACUAUAAAUACAUAUGCUCAAUAACAUGAAAUAUUCACACCACAACUACUAAUUUUCAAUUAAGUUUAAAUAUUUACUAAUUACAUUUUGCUUCACUUAAUUAGAAAUUAUAUUAAUAAAUAGAAAUGGAUAAUUCCCAGGAUAUGAGCUACAAAGCUGGUGAAGCCAAGGGCCAAGCACAGGAAAAGGGUAGCCAAAUGAUGGAGAAGGCUGGUAAUGCUGCACAAUCUGCUAAGGAAUCAAUGCAAGAGGCAGGACAACAAAUGCAGGCUAAGGCACAAGGUGCAGUGGACUCUGUGAAAGAUGCAACAAACAUGAACAAAUGAGAGAUUUUUCAUUUUUCAUUUUAUUUUUUAUUUUUCUAUUUUAUUUUUAUUUAUUUUUUCAGAUUUUGAUUUAGGCAAUGUUUGGUUGCUUCAGUUUGGCAAAAUAAAAAAUAAAAAAUGUCUGCCACGAAAGUCUGUACUUUUUUUGAUCAAAUAAAUACAUUUUGCCCUUAUUUUGGUUAAUUUAGAUCUCAUUAUGUUUAGUUUCAUCAUUAGAAGAAAAUUAAGUGGAUCAAAUAAAAUAGCAAGUAUGAAUUACUAUAUAAAAUAAU